AUGCCUGAACCCAGCUCUAGCCCCAACAGCCCACAAUAUGUCCCCUACCAGGCAUACAAACCCAAAAGGCAUUCUCGGAACCUUUCCACUGCGACAGUAGCCAUUCCACCAGCUUCUCGCCCAUCGAGCAUCGUUGUAAGCCCAGUAGCGUCCCCAUUGCUCAGGGUUCUGGCGGACGAAGACAAGGACUCGAUUGCGUCGCUUUCACUGGCUGCACAGGGCACCCCGCCCUCGAACGGGAUGAGCUUCAGACCCUCCACACCCCAUUCACCUGCCAUUCGCAUUGAAUUGGCGCCCGACCAUGUACAGCCCCCACCACCUCUUCCCCCUGCCGAGAUAGCCACAGUCGUCGUCCAAGGGCCUACAGCCAGCAACGCUCCCGACGUCACAGCACCUCGGCCCACGGAACACGCACCGACCUCAUCGUCACACCCUUCUCCCGCACUCUCCACCCAGACCCUCUCGCCUCACCAAAGUCCCGUACCCAAGGCAAGGAAGGUUUCCACCUUCCGUCGUCUAACACCUCGCCCCGCAAGCACCGCACCGUCGCUACAGCCUAAUACUCAUUCUCGCAAUGUCUCCACCGCAUCGCUGCCAGCGUCCCCGGCAUCGCCAAUGAGCGGAGCACAAACCAGCACGAUACUGAACGACAGGCCACGGACCACCUCACUUCGCAGUCCCUCUGUCAAAUCUCCUCUUUCCCCUCUCAAACCACUUCCUAAUCUACCACCGGAGACAUCCCGACCCAGUUCAAGUGCCCGGCCUGCGCCUCAGCCAGAGGCCAUUGAUCGUUCUGCGUCGACUGCAAGCCAAUCGACAUUACGUGCCUCCCCUUCCCCCAGUGCGACAGAGGGUAAGCUUAAAUCGGCUCCCUAUCGUCCCGGCUUUCAACCUAAAGGAGUCUAUCGACCACGAACCGACGAAUUCCUUGCCAUUAGACGUGUAAAGAGGGAGGGUGAAGGGGAAGAAGGGAGGCUUAAACGUAUUGAACGUACGAAACUAGAGAGACGUCUUGAGAAGCUAAUCGCUCUGCACUUCCCUCCGGCCGACUCGAAAACUAGUGAGAAAGGCACGCCUUUAAGUCCUGGCCUCCGAAAGAAGAAAGACUCAGCCCCCGGUGCUACAGUCCGACGAGCUUCCUCGUUCUUCGACCUAGAGAAGGUGAAGAAUCUCAAGUUGAGUGACCCGGGUGAAUUGUGGCGCGGGGUUAUUGCUAGUGGGAUGGAUCCUGGAGGAAAAGAAGACAUCCGAGCUACUGAACAGAGGAUUACUCCCUGGGAAGAAGACAGCGCCGUUAGCAAAUGUCCGCUCUGUUCGGCUUCUUUCCACCCCCUCACAAAUAGGAAACAUCAUUGCCGCUUGUGCGGGAAAAUCAUUUGCUCCCUUCCUCCUAAAUCCCCUCAGCGACCCUUAACGUGUUCGCUACUCUUCGUGGUCGAUUCAAAAUCGAGACAAAUAGAGGAGGUUGGGGAAGGCGUCGAUUACGGCGUUCGGCGGCGGAAUCGACCUGAAGGCGAGGAUAAAUUCCUACGAGCCGUUCGUAUCUGUAGAAGCUGCCGACCAGUAUUAAUACACCAGCAGUACUCCCAGCAAGUCCGGGAGGUCCCGAUCUUCUGCGCACUGUAUGACGUCUGUCCCGACAAUCUUGAAACAACCACUGACAUGGAACCAUGCUCUGCAGUCAUGACGGCCAACCAACGAAAGAAGCUUCGGCAGCACGGAAACGGUUGCUGGAAGCCUUCGCCCAGUACGAUCGACUUUCGAAACAAAUCCGUGCUUUACCGUGCCCGGGUGGUCCAGGAAGUUCUCAAGACCGGAUACAGGCGUCUAUCUUGGCUAGAGCGAACCUCUUUUUGCAAAAGAACAUGUUCCCUCUGCAGGCGAAUUAACGGUUGCGAACAGUCCCUACCUCGACCCUCGAUGCCACAGGGCGCCGGCAAAGCAAACGGUCCGAAAACGGAUGAUGGUCUCGAUAUUGACCCCGACUCUGAGCUUGCGCGGACACUGCAACCUCUCCUCGAACAAGAAGCGUUGCUGGAGUCGUUCAUUGGAGAAGCUAAGGCUCAACGGAAGUUUGAAGAUGUCAAGACACUCAAGCUGAAUCAGAACGAGAUCCGGCGGGAAAUCGAAAGACUUCUUGACAACGCAGACAUCAUCCAAGGCGCAGCUAGUGGACGAACUAGUACGCGACGAGCGUAA